UUACGUUUCCCAGAAGGCUGCCACCCCUCAGCACACACAUUGUUCCUCUUCCUGGCUGUUUUUUCCUGUCCUGGACCCUCCAAGGCCAGGCGCCGGCUGACUGGCAGUGACUAUCGCCCUGCCCUCUGCAGCUGGGGAAACUGAGGCGUGGGGUGUGUGUGUUGCAGGGGUAGAAUGCCUCGUGGGGGGGUGUGGCUUGGAACUUGGGGGUCAGGGUCAAUGGGGGAAGUUCACCGCCCGCUCACCUCCCCAGCUCCCCAGGGGCCAUCUACACCUGCCCUUCCUUUCCCUUGGCCUUGUCCACAGAGCCCCCUAGGCCCCCAGGAACGCCCCCACAACCUGGAUCACCCAUGACAAUAUCCAUGUCUUUCCAUGGCCUUGGUGACACCGGCUCCAGUCCAGCUGGAGCACUGGGCCUGCUGGCCCCUCACCCCUGUCUACACCCCUUCCUCUUCUGGGAUGGCGUCCACCCCAGCUAUGCUAGGGCCCAGACUCCCUUUGUCCUCAUCCCCAGGUGGCUCUGUCUGCACAUGGCCCACAUUGCCCAGCCCCCCUCUCUGGAAGUCGCCUGGCCCCUGAGACUCUGGGUCACGUCGGGUGAGGGUGAAGUAGAGGUCACGCGUCUACACUGGAGCCUAGCACUUCCCUGCCCCCACCCCUUUCCUGGAAGCCAAUGCUGGGUCACCACUUGCAGGUGGCAGCUGCCCCGCCCCUCUCCCUUCCGCCUUAAAGGGUCGCGUCUCCCAAGGCCUCCCAGGGGCAUAGACAGCACGGCCGCAGGACGGCACACCCAUGAGGGCUCCGUGGGCGCGGGUUCUAAUCCUGCCCGGGCGUGGUGUGGCCUUGUAGACUCUUGGCCUCAGUUUACCCCGCCUGGGAAGUGGGGACUGGCGCCGAGUCCCCGCGCUAGAGUGGGCGCUCAGAGGGGAUUAUCCGGACGCGGGGAGGGGGCGGGGCCGCAUCCCGGAGGGGCUGCUUCACCCUCCAGUCUCCCCGACCCCCGCCCUCCCCACGAUGACCGCUCACGUGCUCCUGCUGUGGCUCCUCGCCGCCUCCGUCCUGGGGGACCCGGACUCCGCGGGCAGGCGGCCCGGGUACCAGGUCCCCCAGCACCGCGGGCGCCUCUGCUCCCUGGGCACGUGCCAGGCCCACCGCCUGCCGGAGAUCAUAUACUGGCUCCGCUCCGCCUCCACCAAGGAGCCCUCGGGGAAGGCUGGCCGCCAGCCCCAGGACCCCCGCAGCUACCGGCGCCGCCGGCGGCGCGGGGCCACAGUCCCGGGGUGUCUCCAGGACCCCAGCCCGCGGCAACGAAGCCCACGCAGUGCCCAGCUCGCUGCGUGA